GCCGCCAUGUUGCAUAUCGUUUUGUAAUUGAGACCGUUGUAGCUCUUCACUCGACAAUCUGAAGAGAUGCCUCGCUGUUUCUUGCUGAAGAAAUGUGUGAGGAGUUAUAAAGAAUCAGAUGGAGCUGCAACCGGUGAAUGGAGAGUAAAGCAUAAUGAUGUGGCUGAAAAUAAAGGUUUGCAGAUUAGUGAUAAAGAGACUGUUGCUAGACAGCCAGAAACAGCUGCAGCUGGUGCAUGGAGUGUAAAGCAUAAAGAUUUAGUUGUAGAUAGAGGUUUGCAGAUUAGUGAUAAAGAGCCUAUCGCAGCCGGAGAGCUAGAUCGAGCUGCAGCUGAUGCAUGGAGUGUAAAGCGCAAUGAUUUAGCUGAAAAUAGAGAUUUGCACACUAGUGAUGAAGAGCCUGUCGCCGGAGAGCUAGAUCGAACUGCAGCUGAUGCAUCGAGUGUAAAGCGCAACGAUUUAGCUGAAAAUAGAGAUUUGCACACUAAUGAUGAAGAGCCUGUCGCAGCCGGAGAGCUAGAUCGAGCUGCAGCUGAUGCAUCGAGUAUAAAGCGCAAUGAUUUAGCUGAAAAUAGAGAUUUGCACACUAGUGAUGAAGAGCCUGUCGAAGAUAAACUUCACAUAUGUAAUUAUUGUGGUAAAGCUUUGAAAAAUCUAUCAACUUUCAGAGGCCAUAGUGAACUGCACAUCGGAGUGGAUCAUUAUCCCUGCAUUUUAUGCAAAUGGAAGUUUCGAAGCCUGCCACAGCUAGUUCUACAUAUGAAUUCAGAGCAUCCCACGGAAUUUAAAAACUCAGAAGACCCUCAGAGUCUAAUAUCAGAUGCAAUAUAUUCUAAGUUCUCUUAAAUUUCAAAACAUUGAUAUAUCUUCUAAGAAAUCGAAAUUUUAUUUCCGUGUUUCAUAAAAUGUAUUAGUGAUCAUUAUUUGGAAUGUAUAAAUAAUA